CCAUGCAGUGUGACAGCAGCAGAUGAAAAUGAUUAGAUGAGUAGUUUCAGGUCAUGAACAUGUUGGGCCUAAUGGACAGACUAACAUACAUUAAUCUUUUAAUGCUUUAUUUUUUCGUUUCCAUCUAUGGAAGACGUGAAGGUUUGUUUCCCAGAUGUGAAGUUAUGGCGAAGGUCCACAGAGGCACUACAGUGAUAAAGAUCCCACAACAAUCUGUGACAGUCAGCUGUCCUGUCGUUCACUGUGGAAAGUCACUGAAUGUAACCUGGUGUAAACUUUCAAACACCGGCAGAUGUCAACAAAUAGGAAACACAGAGAAUGUAGAAAUACGACAGGACAGCCAUCUCAUGGAUAAACUCAUCUCUUAUCUAACUUUCAAACAGAUUUCUGUAUAUGAUGAUGGCCUGUACAGAUGUGAAUUACGUGGACAUGGCCAAUCACAUAUCAGUCACCUCAUCAACAUCUCAGUUUCAGACAUGCAUCAAGGGGUAGAAUCCGAUGGCAGCAUUGCAGCUACAUCACUGAGCCAAGCUGUUGAUGAGUCUGCUUCCUGGCAUCCCUACUUCUAUAUCUGCGGAGGCAUCGCUCUUUUGGUCUUCACAUUAACAGCGUCAACCCUGCUACAGUUUUACGGCUGUCAACAAGUACCAAACAACAAGCCAACACAGAAUCAGGCCCAGUACAUUCUGAAUGACAUCUACUCUACGAGUGCGCUUACACCACCUCCCCUGAUCACUGAUGGGAAGCAGCCUUUAGAGAGCACAGCUAAUAAACAUCCAGAGUCUGCUGUCAUCAACCAUGCACAGUCUGAGAUUUCUGCCAGCAAACAGCAUGUUGCGACCAAACAAGAUAAAGACCCACAGUAUGCUGCAAUCAUUGUUUCCUGAACCUUUAGGAUUUAUCACAGACACAUGGUUGGAAAUAUAUACAUACAGUAUGUAUAUAGGUCGACGUACUGUAGAUAAGGUGGAGGAGGCUUGUGUUCAUGUAUGUAUGUCUACAGCAAAGCAGACAGUAUAUUUAAUUUGAGCUCUAAAACUCACAUUUUCUCCAUCUGUUGCUGUUUUUUAUUAUUAUUGUUAUUCAUGUCUUAUUAGGUUUCUGCUAUUUUUACCCACACUCAUUUGAUGGUUUAAGCGUUGGAUGGUGUUUUGUAUUAGACAAAUGAAAGCAUUUGAAUAUAGUCUAUGAUAGAUGUGGUCUCUUCAGUAUUAAUGUUUGCUUCUUUUUUUUAAGUGUAGAGAUUAUUUUUUAAGAGUAAAGAUUAUUUGGCAACACAGAGUAAAAUAAGUGUAGUGUUUUUCCCUUCUGCCAGUGGAAAUGUAUCACCAGGCCUGUCAAUGUGGUUCAGCUUACAUGUGCAGGAAGUUAAGAAGAGGAUCAAAAAUAUCUCUGGCAUUAUCCUUUGUAGUAGCAUAUGUUCAGCCAUGUGAUGCCAAUUUAAAGUCAGCAGACAUCAACCACCAGAAAACAAAGACGGGAACAAAAUAAAUGAAUGAAUCAAACUUUAAAA